AUGUUCUUGCAAAAUGCAUUUGCAAAAAGGUUUUUUUUUCUUCCUGGUCCUAUCAUGGUGUUUUUACAAAAUGCGCCUAUUUGUACUUUUCCUCCUUUUGAUUCAAAGUUAUUGUUGGGAAGACUUGGAGAAGUGCAUUUACAAAGCUUAUUCUCCUUAUUAUCCCAAAUGGUGUUUUUACAAAGCAUGCCUGCUAACACUUUUCCUCCUGUUCAAAUUUUAUCUCCGGAGGGAUUUGAUAUUUUGGAAAUUCGAAGAAAUCAAUGUGUUGUCCUUACAAGAUCAUUUGCAAGCUUUCCUCUCCCUGAUCCCAACGUAGUCUUUACAAAUGGUGCUCUUGCAAGUGUUUCCAAAGGUGUUUUCCUUCUUCGUAUCCAAGGCAGAGAGAUCGACAAAAUCACUGUGCUCUUACAAAAUGCAUUUAGGGUGCUUUCUUCUUCAGAUCCAAGGUUAUUGCCGACAAAGUUCAGGAGGUCAACGUUUUCACCUGUUAACAUUAUUCUCUCUUCUGAUGUAAGCCUAUUUCCGGCAAUCCAGCGACAGUGUGAUGUUCUUGCACAACGCACCAAGAAAUCAGUGAUGUUCCUACAAAAAUACAUCUAUAAAGCUUUUCUUCCUUCUGAUUUAGGAUUGAUACCGGAAAGACCAUACGGUGUUCUUGCAAGGCGUAUUAGGAUGCCUUCUUCCCUUUUGACCGAAUUAUUCACAGGAAU